UCUAAAAUUCAAGCUCAAUCUUAUCAUUUCUUAUCAAUGUCCAAUCCAAACCAACGAAAUCAUCUUCUACCAAUUCAUAAUCUUCCAUCUGAUAUAGUAGAAAAUAUUCUCACCUUUUUACCCAUCAAAGGGGCAAUUGUUGCUUCGACUAUAGCUCAAAGGUUCAAGACAUCAUGGCAUCGUAACCGUAGAUUUUUGUUUGGUAGAGAGUUUUCUACUCGCUAUGGCCAACUAGAGUUGGCCACAAUGGUUGAUCAUAUGUUCAAUUCGCACCAUGGCGAAGAGAUUAAAACUCUUAGAUUACACAUCGAUCCUAUUGGGAUCGAAGCGCUGCUUAAGAAAUGGCUAAACAUAUGUGUUAAAAAAGAUAUAGAAGAACUUGAAUUGUAUUUUUUUCGAUUGGGUUUCACAAUUGAAUUUAGUGUUCUUGACGGACUACACAAGUUGAAAACUCUAAAAUUAAUCAAUUGUGAAAUUCAAUUGCUCAAAGAUCCAGUUGGUUUGCGAUUUUUGCACACUUUGAAUCUAUGGAAGCUCAAUCUCACUCAAGAGAUGUUUGAUAUAUUGAUUUCUCAUUGCAAGAUGCUUGAAACUCUUGAUUUGUAUUUUUGUUUGAUAUUUAAGAAAAUGAAAAUAGUUGGUAGUAACAACAAACAAUUCAAAAAGUUGAGAAUUGCUGGUUGCCGUGACUUGGUUGAUAUUAAAAUUGAUUCAUCAACUCUUAGUUCAUUUUUUUACCAUGGAAAAUUGCCUAGAAUUCAAUUUGUUCAAGCAAUGAGAUUGUAUGAGGCUUAUUUUUACAUUAUACCUUCAAGAAACUACAUUCAACCUGCUCAGCUUGAAGCUCUAGCAAAUGAUUUUUCUAAGGUCGCUGUUCUCACCACUUCAUCUAUACUUAUAGAGGUUUCGUGA